AUGUUUGGUCAGACGGUUUACAAGCAACGCCCUCCCGACCAGAAGGCCACAAGCAAGCACGCGCUCACUGCUCGAAGUUCUCGACAAGUGAAGGUGGCGAAUCAGGCAGAAAGUUCCUUGCAUGGCAGCAGGCGGAAGUCGCUUCAGCUCUCAUACUUUUCUUCUCAUGAUACAUCGGCACAUACCAAUUGCAAGGACAGUGAAGAACCUGUCAAAGAAUAUGGUAAUCUCAAGAGCGAAUCCAAGUACUCCAACGAGGCAUUAUGCACACCCAGAAGUCUAGGAGAACUUCGCUUACCAAGGACGCCGAGGAUGCAUGCUACUGCUAGCGGCAUGCUACCGUCAUGCUCCUUGUCAGGAGGAAAGAGCAAGCCUGACAGCUAUCUGUCCAACCAUCAAAGGUAUCCAAUCAGAGCGAAACAGCCUGCUGUACCUCCCAUUCGAGACAAACAAUCUGACGCUCAUCAUGAGCAAGGGGCUACCAAAUCCCCAAAGAAGGUGAAAGAGAAGGCUGCUGAGAGCGAGGAAUUAGAUUUUCCAGACUUCGAUACGCCAUUUGACAUCCAACAAUUUGAAUUCAGCAGAAAGGCCUUCAAGAAGCUAAUACGGGAUAAGAUCUUCUGGGGAAGAUACGAACCAGACGGGCAUGGCAGUUUCAAGUUGAGGGGAAGACCCAAGCUACUUAAAAUUCAACAAGAGGCAGCAGUGCAACUUGCCGGAAGUGGAAAGGAGACUGGUCACAGAUCGGCUCAUCAUUACGAUGCUGCCGCCAGGCACGGCGAUGUCUUCCGCGCUCGAACGAGCUUAUUGCUGGCUAGCAAGACUUCUGUGCGCAUGUGGAUUACACUCCUGGUACACACACAGAUCUGUAUCAAGUUUGGACGUAUGAUCGACGAGUUACAGCAGACUUACCAUCCUUCUGCUGCUGCCAUUCAGAGGACGUUCAGGCAAUGGGACCGAGCCGUAAUCUUCUUGCGGUCGAAAGGAAAAGUCUGGAGGAUCAGCAACUACUACUUGCAUCAUUCCAACUCUACGCUGAACAACUCUCUGGGGAUUGGAGGAGCCUCUACCGACGGGUCGAGGUCUCAGUUGUUGAGCUCCGAGCCCAAGACCCCCUACAAGCAAGUGCGACUGGCCGGAUCUCAGCGCGUGAUCAUGAAGAAGCCUGUUGUUGAUGAGGCCAUCGCCUUGCACAACACCAUUCACGUUACCAUGGAUCCAAGACAGACCAGUCUCCUCGGAAGAAUCAACAAGUUUCCUAACGUCAAGUGGCAAACUUUAUACUCUGAAUUCCGUCGCAAGCAAAGCGAGCACGUGAGAGCUCUUAGGGAACACGAGCAGGCCGUGAGGGAGUAUCGAGAAAGCUUGAUGCAGAAGCAGAUGGUCGAGUCCGUCCUUCGAGGUCUUACGGAAGACGACGAGAGGGACAGAGGCUCAGAUGUACAGCCUCCUUCCGGCUCGCCUCGUUUCAAGCCGUGCCUUCACCCUUCCAUCAUGCAGGAGAGCAUCUCCCAGGCCUUGUCCAGUAUCAUCAAAGAACAUCGCAUGGACAUGCAGGAGCAGGCGCAGCAAGACCACAAAGAAGCCUGGCAGAGCACAGACCGCCACAUGACGCAUAACUGCACGUGUCUGAUACUUGAACAAGCAGGAAACGGGUGGAGGGCCUAG